GGUUAACCAUAUUCUAUAGUUUUAUGAUAAACAGAAUAUGAGCUGAAUGAGAAGGGAUAAUGCACAGAUAGAUGUCGAUCAGGCAAAGGAGACGCCGUCAAGGCGUUCAGGAGUUCCUAUAGAUCUGGAAGGAGAAAUGCGAAAUGCAGGAGCAGAGCUCAUUAGACAAGCAUCAAUCCUUCUUGAGCUACAUGUGACAUGUUUUGGGACAGCAGAAGUGUUGUUUCAACGGUUUUAUUAUAAUGAAUCAUUUAGAAAAUUUUCAGUUAAAGAAAUAGCUAUGGGAGCUAUUUUUACAGCUUCUAAAAUUACAGAGCAUCCAAUAAAAAUUAGGGACAUUAUAACGAUAUUUUUGAGGAUAUUUGAUUGUAGGGAGGGGAAACCGGUUAAAGUUCUUGAAUAUUUUGAUGAAUUUUUUUAUAGGACUAGGGAUCAAAUUUUGAUAGCAGAAAUUACAUUAUUAACAUCUCUUGGGUUUGAUACAUUUGUUGAACUUCCAUAUAGAUUGACUAUUUAUUAUUUACAAAUAUUGGAUUUAAUAAAUGAUAAAAUAAUAUUACAGAAAGUAUGGUCGUAUGUUAAUGAUGCAUUAUGUACAAGGGUUUCAUGUAUACAAAGUGCGCCAUCUAUUGCUAUAGGAUGUAUUUUUAUUGCUGCUAGAGAAGAGAAAAUUAAACUUCCAUAUGCAUGGUGGGAAAUUUUUGAUGUAUUUUUAGAAGAUGUAAAAUAUAUAGCAGCAAGUAUAAAUUCGUUUUAUAUAGAAGAAGAAGAACGGAAGAGGAGGGAGAGGGAAGGUCAUUUAACGCCGAUAGAUUUAGAAGAAUUGGAGAAAUAUUUAAGUGAAAAAAGAUAAUUUGUAUAUUAUAAAUAUAUUGGAAUUUUUAAAAAAAUUUAUGUA